AUGAGGAACUUCCAUGUGAUCAACUUGGAGAAUAUCAAUGGUGAGGAGAGAAAGACUAUCUUGGACCAAAUUCAAGAUGCUUGUCAGAAUUGGGGAUUUUUUGAGUUGGUGAAUCAUGGAAUACACCUUGAACUUUUGGAUGGGGUGGAAAGGUUAACAAAAGAGCAUUGGAGAAAAUGCAUGGAGAAGAGGUUCAGGGAGGCAGUGGAAAGCAAGGGGUUAGAAGCUGAAGUAAAGGACAUGGAUUGGGAGAGCACAUUCUUCUUGCGCCAUCUCCCAGACUCCAAUAUCUCUAAAAUCCCUGAUCUCAGCCAAGAGUACCAGGAUGCAAUGAAGGAAUUUACACAGAAAUUGGAGAAGCUUGUUGAGGAGUUGUUAGACUUGUUAUGUGAAAAUCUUGGAUUAGAGAAAUGGUACCUGAAGAAUGCAUUUUAUGGAUCAUAG